ACCGCGGGCGCCACCAUGCAGCACCCGGGUCCGCGUCUGUGGCUGGUGCUGCAGGUGAUGAUGGGCUCGUGCGGGGCCAUCAGCUCCAUGGACUUAGAGCGCCCCGGAGACGGCAAGUGCCAGCCGGUGGAGAUUCCCAUGUGCAAGGACAUCGGCUACAACACCACCCGUAUGCCCAACCUGAUGGGCCACGAGAACCAGCGUGAGGCGGCCAUCCAACUGCACGAGUUCGCGCCGCUCGUGGAGUACGGCUGCCACGGCCACCUCCGCUUCUUUCUGUGCUCCCUGUACGCGCCCAUGUGCACGGAGCAGGUCUCCACACCCAUCCCUGCUUGCCGGGUCAUGUGUGAGCAGGCCCGGCUCAAGUGCUCGCCGAUCAUGGAGCAGUUCAAAUUCAAGUGGCCUGACUCCCUGGACUGCAGCAAGCUCCCCAACAAGAACGACCCCAACUACCUGUGCAUGGAAGCACCGAACAACGGCACGGACGAACCCAGCCGGGGCUCUGGCAUGUUCCCUCCGCUGUUCAGGCCUCAGAGGCCCCACAGCGCGCAGGAGCACCCGCUAAAGGACGGGGGUCAGGGACGCGCAGGCUGUGACAACCCGGGCAAGUUCCACCACGUGGAGAAGAGCGAGUCUUGCGCACCUCUCUGCACUCCGGGGGUGGACGUGUACUGGAGCCGCGAAGACAAGCGCUUCGCUGUGGUCUGGCUGGCCAUCUGGUCCGUGCUGUGCUUCUUCUCCAGCGCCUUCACCGUGCUCACCUUCCUCAUCGACCCGUCGCGCUUCAGGUACCCCGAACGUCCCAUCAUCUUCCUCUCCAUGUGCUACUGCGUUUAUUCGGUGGGCUAUAUCAUCCGCCUCUUCGCUGGCGCGGAGAGCAUCGCGUGCGACAGGGACAGUGGGCAGCUGUAUGUUAUUCAGGAGGGGCUGGAGAGCACCGGCUGUACCUUAGUCUUCUUGGUACUUUACUACUUCGGCAUGGCCAGCUCUUUAUGGUGGGUGGUCCUCACCCUCACUUGGUUCCUGGCUGCUGGCAAGAAGUGGGGCCAUGAGGCCAUUGAAGCCAACAGCAGCUACUUUCACCUGGCAGCCUGGGCCAUCCCGGCUGUGAAGACCAUCUUGAUCCUGGUGAUGCGCAGGGUGGCAGGGGAUGAGCUCACGGGUGUGUGUUAUGUGGGCAGCAUGGACGUGAACGCCCUGACUGGCUUCGUGCUGGUCCCGCUGGCUUGCUACCUGGUCAUCGGCACUUCCUUCAUCCUGUCGGGCUUUGUGGCUUUAUUCCACAUCCGGAGGGUGAUGAAAACGGGUGGGGAGAACACGGACAAGCUGGAGAAACUCAUGGUACGCAUAGGGGUCUUCUCCCUCCUCUACACCGUGCCGGCCACCUGUGUGAUUGCCUGCUACUUUUACGAACGCCUGAACAUGGACUACUGGAAGCUGCUGGCCACCCAGCACAAGUGUAAGAUGAACAAUCAGACCAAGACGCCCGACUGCCUGAUGACCACCUCCAUCCCUGCCGUGGAGGUCUUCAUGGUCAAAGUGUCCAUGCUUCUGGUGGUGGGCAUCACCAGUGGGGUGUGGGUCUGGACUUCCAAGACCCUGCAGUCCUGGCAGCACGUGUGCAGCCGGGGGCUGAAGAGAAAGAGCCGGAGGAAACCAGCCAGUGUGGUCACCAGUGCAGGGAUCUACAAAAAAGCCCAGCAGCCCCAAAAAUCUCACCUUGGGAAGUAUGAGCUUCCCGCCCAGCCUUCAGCCUGCGUGUGAAGGAGGCUGG